CCUCUACAACCACCCACCCAAACCCGCCGGCCGGCCGAGAUACCUGGGCCUGUACUCUGACCUUGGCCCCUGUCCACCCAACGAGACGGUCAUCAAACACUUCUGAACCAAGGAUGUUAUACAGUUAUCUGACGCCACCCCGUGCCUUCUUGCCUCUUGCCUGUCUGUUGGAAGACUUACUUCUUACCCAGUGAACCGUAAAUAGAACCAGUGAUGAUUUCUUACCCAGUGAACCAAAACAAAACCAACUAUGACCUUGUUUACCCAGUGAACGGUAAAUCAUACUUUACCUUACUUUUUACUUUACUUUCCCGAUCCAGUGAUUAUCGUAGUUCUAGCCCUUCGGCCUAUUCGCAAAUCAUAAAAGAUUGAAAAAAAGCCUCAUUGACUGGCAAAAUAAAACCAACAAUGACGUCAUUGGCCAUCUCAUGUGUGUCAUAGGCCUACUUUGAUAGUAGACAUAGCACUCUCGCUUUUCAAAGCACAUUGUCCGCACCGCCAACAGAAUUCAUAAUUUGAUCGAGUCGGGACCAAUAUAGUCUUUUUCUCUACGGAGUGGCAAAAGCUACCAUUUAUUUGGCACAAUUAGACCAAACUCAACAAAAUUCGAAUGUGAUCUCCAAAAUUAAAAACAUUUGUGUUUGAAAGUCGCCAGUCGAGUCUGUCGUAUUGUGUCAACAUAGUACCUUUUGCCACUUCAUCGCCAUAGACGAACAUUUGACUGACCUCGACUCGGUUCAGCUGAAUUCGAUUCGGGGUGUGCACUGGGUGGUCUUACUCUAUCUAGGAAUCAAGGGUACUGUGUCUUUCAUCUACGUCUGAUACACACGAGAAUGCUAAUGACGUCAUCGUUGGAUCUGUUUUUGGAGUCAAAGUAAAAGGAGCCACCUCCCUGACACACCCUAGCUCAAUAUUAUGGCUCCAUUUGCCCCUCUUUGUCGUUUCAUCUGCUAUUCAUAAAUUAUGAUGAUGUUCUCUUGACAUGCUGAGGAAACAUUUCGCUGAAUGUUUCAACAGCUGCUGAUCAAUAGCAGUGUAUUUGGAGACUCUAAAAAAGACAUACAUAAUGGAUGGAUGGAUGGAUGGAUGGAUGGAUGGAUGGAUGGAUGGAUGGAUGGAUGGAUGGAUGGAUGGA